AUGUCGACCGCACCCAAGAAGGAAUUCCUCUGCAUUCUGCCGGAUAAGCCCGGUGCCCAGGCUAAGCGUCUGGAGGUUCGCCCAUUGCAUCUGGAGGGUGUCAAGCCUCUUGUUGCGGGGGGGUUCGAUUGUUGCUGGUGGUAUGUGUCUCCCUCUCUCUACUUCUCAUAUCAUACUCACUCGAAUCCGAUCUAUCUAGGCGCCAUGCUGAAUGCUCACCCCGCCGAGGGUGAGACUCCUUCGUUCAAGGGUAGUAUGAUGCUGGCACUGGCCGAGAACGAGGAGGAGGUCCGCAAGAUCCUCGAGAAUGACAUUUAUGUCCGUUCCGGUGUGUGGGAUAUGGAGAAGGCGCAGAUUAUUCCUUUCAAGUCUGCUGUGCGUCAGCAGUUCGAGGAUGAGAUCUGGCAUACUUGA